GUUCUGCCGUUGGGCACCACACCACCUGACGCAAGAAAAGAGUUGGCAAAAGCUUCUUCUUUUUACUUAUUUUCCUGAUUUUCCAUCGAGAUGAGGAACAUUUUCUUAUUUCUAGUACUAUUAUCGAUUGGAGUUUGCAGUGCCCAAAAAGCUUUCCACUCGAGACGUCUUGGUACGGAAGGACAAAUUGUUGGACGGAUACUGUCGGAAUAUGACUCCAGCAGUAGACCACCGGUUAGAGAUCACGCUGAUAAUUCUGCAAUUUUGGUUAUCACCAAUAUCUUCAUCAACAGGCUCAUUUGGCACAAUAACUAUGCGGAAGUAGAUCUCUACCUCCGUCAGCAAUGGCAGGAUAGUCGUUUGAAAUACGACGUGGACACUCGCGAAGGAAUUGAUGAGAUCCGUUUGCCUGGAAAUCGUAAAAUCUGGGAACCGGAUACCUACUUCACGUCGGGAAAAGAACUGAGCAGAAAUGAAAAAAACUCGAAGCACAUCGUCGUGGAGCCCAGUGGAUAUAUUCGAUCUUCUGAGAGGGUUCUUUUGGAGUUACCGUAUGCCUAUGGUACCAUGUUCCCAUUUACGAAUUCCAGACAGUUUACGAUUAAACUUGGCAGUUACAACUACGACAUUGACGAUAUUGUGUACCUCUGGGCCAACUCCCCACCUCUAGUUAACCCCAUUGAAGUGUCUCAGGAUCUUUUGAAAGGAGAUCUGACAUUCGAAGAAGCCAGUGCAGGAGACUGUGUCGGUAACUAUACAGUUGGCGUCUAUUCCUGUAUUGAUGCACAUGUAUAUUUCUCUGCCAGUACGAUUUCCGGGCUCAUGUCAUGGUUUUUGCCCAGCUUAUUCCUUCUGAUUGGGUCUUGGCUUCAUUUUUGGAUUCAUGGAAGUUGGUCGGUCCCGAGAACUAUUUCUGCUGCUGUUCCAUUUUUCAUCUUGGCUGCGUACUACAUCUUCAUGAGAGAAGACUCCUACACUCAAGCUCAAGGUGCCUGGCUAGCCUUCUGCCUUGUGCUCACCUUCUUCUCAUUUGUUGAAUAUUUCCUUGUCAUCUGCUGUGGAGGACGCCGUUCCAUCCGUUACAAGACCCUCGGACCACAGGAAGACCACCCAAUGGGAGCAGCCAAGGAGACCGUGGAGGUCGCCUAUAACGAGGGGUGCGCCUCAUUUAGAGAUAAUAAUGGAAUUGAUGUGAUCUCUCGUGUUGCUUUUCCUAUUGUCACUAUUGUAUUUUUGAUUAUUUACUUUAUUUUUAUUGUUUAAAAAUUGAGAUUUUUUUGAAAAGUGUUAAAAACUCAACAGCUUCUGAAAUAUCUAGUGCUUAUUUUAUUAUCAGUUUUCAACAAUAUUUCUUUUAAGAAAUGAAUACUUUUUUUUCCACAAAGAACUAUAAUUUUAAAGAAUAAAUCCAACUUCU